GCGUUGCGCAUCAUAGUCUCAGCGCUGGUCCUAGGUCCGUGCUGCUCCGUAAAUUGGGGAGCAAGGUUGCGAAAUCGGGAGUGAUUACCAGAGAGUACCAAAGGACUGCGGCAAGCCGUCAGCCACAACCCCGCAAGGUUGAGAGCCAACAUGCGCACGCAUCCCCGACCAAUUUUGGCGCAGCCACGCGGUGUGACCCUUCCCGCGGUCCGUAGCGCGCCGGCGCAAGCGCAGAAAGCUCGGAAGCCCCUUCGCUAUGGAACCCGACGGGACCUACGAGCCCGGCUUCGUGGGUAUUCGAUUCUGCCAGGAAUGUAAUAACAUGCUGUACCCCAAGGAGGACAAGGAGAACCGCAUUCUGCUGUACGCGUGCCGGAACUGUGACUACCAGCAGGAAGCCGACAACAGCUGCAUCUACGUCAACAAAAUCACGCACGAAGUGGACGAACUGACCCAGAUCAUCGCAGACGUGUCGCAGGACCCCACGUUGCCGCGGACGGAGGACCACCCCUGCCAGAAGUGUGGCCACAAGGAGGCAGUGUUCUUCCAGUCACACAGUGCCCGAGCUGAGGAUGCCAUGCGCUUGUACUAUGUGUGUACUGCCCCACACUGCGGCCACCGCUGGACUGAAUGACUUUUCCUUCCCCCAUCUGUAAUAAAUGCCAGUUUCUAUACUA